UCUCUUUGGUUCACAGUUUGCUUCGCUGCCAAAUGUUGUGCGGUUGUUAAUUUUGUGUCCGCGAAAUCUUUAUUUUAUGAAAAUAAAAAAGUGAAUAAAUUCUCUUAUAUUGAGUUACUAAAAUCUAGCGAGCAAAAUGAGCGAUUCUGCUGUAAAAAUGCGGAAGCAAUUGGGAUUGCUCGAAGGGGUCGCCAUUAUAUUGGGUAUCAUAUUAGGUAGUGGUAUUUUUAUUUCUCCGAAAGAAGUAAUAGAGAAUACGGGGUCCGUAUGGAGUGCAAUCUCGGUUUGGGCUAUCUGCGGAGUUCUUGCAACUUUAGGAGCUAUGUCCUAUGCUGAACUUGGUACUACCUUAACACAAAGUGGUGGAGACUAUCAUUAUAUAAAUGAGGCAUUUGGACCAUUGCUAGCAUUUCUCUAUUUGUGGGAUGCUAAUUUUGUAUUUGUGCCUAGUACAAACGCAAUAAUGGCAGUGACAUUUGCAAACAACAUUUUAUCAUUUAGAGGCUGUCCUAUAGAUCCAAUCAGUCAAAAGUUGGUUGCUGCAGUAACUAUAUGUUUGUUAACAUUCAUAAAUGCUUUUAAUGUACGAUUUACAACACGCAUUCAAAAUGUAUUUAUGUUUACAAAAAUCUCUGCUCUAUUUGUAAUAAUAGUGGGUGGCAUUGUGUGGAUCACAAGAGGUAAUGUUGAAAACUUACAAGACGGUUGGGCGGGUACUAAAACAUCUGUAGGAGAUUGGUCUGUUGCAUUCUAUUCAGGAAUAUUUUCUUAUUCUGGAUGGAAUUACCUGAACUUCAUGACAGAAGAAUUAAAAAGUCCCUAUGUUAAUUUACCUAGGGCAAUAUACGUGUCUCUACCAUUGGUGACAUCCAUAUACAUUCUAGCUAACCUAGCAUACCUCGCUGUACUGGGUGCGGGUGGAGUCAGAGCAACAGAAGCCAUUGCUGUGGAUUUUGCGAGUGUAGCUCUAGGUUGGAUGAGCUGGCUAAUGCCUAGCCUUGUGGCCAUUUCAAUUCUGGGUGGUCUUUCUGUUCACAUAAUGACAUCAUCGCGUAUGUGCUUCGCCGGUGCUCGCAAUGGACAUAUGCCAGAGCUUCUGGCACAUAUAAACGUCAAUAAAAUGUCUCCGAUGCCAUCACUUGUAUUUCUGAUGCUUAUCUCUUUGGUUAUGCUGAUACCGACUGAUAUGACAACUCUGAUAAUGUACUGUACGGUAGUGGAGUCCUUCUUCACAGUAGUCUCCUGCAGUGCUGUAUUGUGGCUACGGUACAAAAAGCCGCAUCUUGCGAGACCCAUUAAGGUUCCAUUGUGGAUGCCGUCAGUUUUUGUGUUUGUCGGCGUGGUGUUAAUGAUAGCACCCAUAGUGAGAGAGCCAUUCGCUGUGGUCGGUGGCGCUUUGAUGACCUUGUCAGGUGUACCGGUGUACUAUAUAUUUGUGGUGAAUCAACCCAAAUUCGUCGCAGAAUUAUCCACCAAAUUUACUCACACCUGUCAAAAACUGUUCCUGUCGGCUGUUGAAGACCAGAAUCAAUUCUAAUUGACGCAAAAUAUAUUUCUGUAAUGAGUUUUUUGUAUGUAUAAAUGCUUGUAUACAAUAGUUAAUUAUGUAUCGUAUUCAAAUACUUCCAAUUGUACACUUUUCGAACUAUGCAUAAUGAACUAUGAACUAUAAUAACUUCGUAUAAUGCAUGCCAAUUUUGAAUAAUUAAUGUAUUUGAAACGAAUAUUCACCAUGUAUAUAAUUAUAUGAAUUAAUGAUAAUAUCUAUAUUAGUAAACCGUUAUCGUCAUUAUGUCCUUAGAUAUUUUUUCGAUGUUUUCACAGCUGUCACAGUCUAUCAAGAUUCUAGACGUAUAACGGCCGUUUUCAAUAACUUAUAUAUCCUUAGUUUAAUUUACUAGAGAUAGACAAAUCUAUCCUUUGACGCUUACUUACUUUUCAAUAACCUAUCGACAGAUAGCAUUGGACUAUAACUAUGUUGGACAUAACUAUGGAAGAUCUUGUCAUUAAGGCGACACUAAAUGCCGGCGACCUUGAGCGAUAUGAGUUCACGGCUCCUAUGUAACAAAGCCAAUAUUUUCAAACUUUUUGCGUCGAAAAUUUACCAUUUAAACAGGUGCAAACAGUUUAAUUGCUUACAAUCCUCAUUAUUGAUUACUAAUCUUAAUAAAUGUACCAAUACAAAAAAGUAAAAGCUAUAAGAACAACUUUUAUAAGAGCAGUAUACUAAACAAAUGCAUCAUGCCGAGAAAAAACUUGUUUAACUGCAAACAAAACUGGUAAUUCAUAAUAGCUCUGGAGUGUUAAGUUUAACUAACAGCAAGCAUUAGCAACCUACAAGUAAGACUUAAGGGUAUGUGUAACAGGAUAAAGUAGUGUUUAUAGCUCCAAAUGCUAUAUUUUCACCACAAAACUUGUCUAAAAACACCUUGUAUGCGUGUUUUCUGCUUACUCUUCGCCUUAAACGGUGAUAGCAAUAUAUCCGUUACUAGAGACACGUUAUUGAAAACGGCCGUAAAUGAUCUAAGAAGAAGAAGGUUAUGGCCAUUUGGUGAUCCCUUAUUAAAUGUAGUCUAUUUCUCUAUUCUACCAUUAUCUGCGUUAUUGUAUAAAUAUUGGCCAAAAACCAUUCAAUUGUGACAAUUCGUUUUAUUAUUGAUUAAUGAAAGUUGUGCUAUAUAAAUGAGUCUGAUCUAUUAGAGUUAGGAUACCGGAUGCAGGUUUCAUAUUUGUACCCCUUUUUAUAUUAAUAUAUUUUGUAUAUUAAAAUAAUAAAUUAUUACUUAUGUCUUACGGUAAUCUCUUAUAAGUGUAGUAUUCAAUUUGAUCUAGUCAACAGUAUAGGUCGAACUACCCACAGACAUAGGAUCCAAGUAGAUAACGCAUAUCCCUCCGUCUGUAUGAAAUCCAAGCGUGCCUUUUUUUUGUACCUACUGUGACCUCGUUAAAAAUGCCAGGGCUUCGAGCCUAUCGUUUAGCCACUCACCUCAUCAUAAGUUGACAAUUUCAGUACAUCAAUAGUCGGUAUUCAUUCAUUACUUUUAUAUUCAUCAUUACUAAAAUCGGCAAUGUAUUAUAAAAUCAUAAUCUAUACUAAUAUUAUAAAGCUGCAGUGUUUGUUUGUUUGUUUGUUUGUUUGAACGCGCUAAUCUCUGGUACUACUGGUCCGAUUUGAAUGAUUCUUUCAGUGUUGGGUAGUCCAUUUAUCGAGGAAGGCUAUGUAUAUGUUUUUUUUUCAAAAUAAGGGAUCCGUAAUAAAAUUGCUAUUUUGUAACACAAGGUGUAAAAUCGAAAACCUAUUUUUGCGUGCGCUGCAAAAACUAUUGACAAUAGAACAAAAUGAUGUACAGGCUAUAAUAUAGGCAAUAUUUUAUUACUUAUAAAACUAUUGCGUGAAUUAUACUUUAUAUGGCAAAACAACGUUUGCCGGGUCAGCUAGUAAAAAAUAAAAUAAAAGCGUCAAAGGAAUUGCUCCUUUUUUUGUUCUGUUUUUGCCACGCGAAAUAGAAACACUCGCGGCAUCUAUUUGGAUCCAUGUCUAUAGUAUCUGUAUAGAAAAAUCUCGAAAAAAUCUUAGCCUAGAUUCGAUAUAUUCAUAUUAUUUUAGAAUUAAUUAGGUAUUAUUGAUGUAAAGAAUAACGUUUGCUAUCAGCAUUGUCUUGCUUCUGCUUUCUAUUAUGUCAAUUAGUUCAUAAAAUUAUUAUAUUAAAGUGAAACAUUGUAACAAAGCUCGGUAUAUCCAUUGGUGCCUUAAAUAGUAGCUUUUGUAUAUUGUAGCUGUCUUUUAAUGAAUCUCAAAUAUUCGCCAAAAAUUAUAAAUAGGUAACUAGAGGCUAUCCAUGAUAUAGUAAGUGUGUCGGGAAUCUUGUGGCAAUAUAGUGAAAAAUUUCGCAAAGCAAUCUUAUUAAUAUAAAGUUUGUGUGUCUGACCUGUAUACGUUUUAUUUUUAACCAAGUUUUCGUAUAUAAUAUGUUUUACAGUAAAUUAAAAAAAAUAACAUAAAACUAAUAUUCUUAGGUACUUAUCUCGUAAAAGCAAACUAUUAUUUGUUUACACUAUUCGUUUUCUUAUAACAUAAUAUAAAUGUAUUAAUAAAUUAUUCUAUAAGAAUCACGGCGUAGCGUGGCCUUGUUUGCUAGAGUGAGUUUCCUAUUAUAAAUAUAAAUAAAUUAAUGUAUGUCUGUAGAUUUUGCGAAGUUGUAUUAUAUUUUGUGCAUUUAGCAUAACAUUUAAAUGGUUGAUAUAUUGCCUGCAUUAUCCAUUGCUUAUAUCUAAUCAAGUUUCAAUUCAGAACUUAAGUGACAGUAGAUUCCCCUUAUAAUGACAUUAAAGAUUACGAUAGUUUGUAAAUUUAUGUGUACAAAAUAAAAAUCCAUAUUAAUCCAUGUUCAAUGGUACCUGCAAACAGAAUCAUGCAUCAUAUCACGCAUAGCAGGGCAAGAGUGGGAAAAUAUAUGUAAUAUAUGAAUAAAGUGAUUUUGAUUUGAUUUGAUACUAAUGCUAGUCGCUAUAACCAAACAUAUUUUCCUUAAAAUUUGCCUCAAAAGUGGGUAACAUAAGUUUUCCAUACAAAUUUUCUCGAUGCAUUUCCCCCUAUCUAUAAUCGUAGAUCAAAAUUAUUUUUGAAUUAAAUCAAUAACUUAAUUUUCUGUCUGUCUGUUUUGUUUUUUGACCUUCUUAAAAAAAUAGAGUUCUAGUAGAAAAAUGCGGAAAAAUCAAAACAGUCCGCACUAAAUAUUUCCUUCCCUGUAUGGGAAUCCAUCAUCUAUUUAUUUUUGUCUCAAAGUGAAUCAAUUAUCUAUGAAGCUACUCGAAAUGAUUUUAAAGUCACCUCGUGAAGCAACAUCAAAUUGAUUCAUUUACUUCGCUUACCAACUUUGAAUCUCCAAUCGUUGUAAAUUUAUAUAAGUAUAGUUAUUUUCAUGUAAACUUACAAUUGUAGCGUUUUUUCGCUACCUCUUUCGUCGUAUUACAUAGAAGUAGAUUUGUGUUUUAAUUAUAAUAAUAAUGUUUCUAUUGUCUGGACUACAGGGUUCGGAAAAUAAUAGUGUAAGUCCGCAAAUAUAACUCGACUUUACGUGACCUUCGUGUGACAAUGACUGGUUUCAAAAGAUCAUGUAAUAUUAUAGUAGUUUAUGUGACUGUAUUUUAUUAAAAGCAUUAUACAUGAGUGUUUUAAUGUAAGGUAUAACUAACUAUGUAUAACUACUAAGCUAACUAUGUGAUAUCAUAAGACUCCGCGAUGCAACCAGUAGCUCGAUAUAAUUACCACCAUUCAUUUUAACCGGUAAUGGCGGUGAUUAAAAGUUUUCUGGCAGCUGUCAUAGUUUUUUUUUAAUUCAGAGACAAACUAGAGUCGGCCCCCACCGUACUUAAGUGUCACAUUAGUCAAAUUUAUUCUGUAAUUGACAUUGAAAUAAACGUCAUCACGGCCACAGUAGACAUAUGUAUCAGUACAGAAACUCCCUACAAACGUUCGAAAUGACACACUCACACAAACAUGCGCAAAGAAGAGGCCCCUAAGCAGUUUUCGCGGUCGAGUCGAGUGUCACGUUAUUUGUUUCCGCGAUCUUUUUAAAAAUGCCAGCGUAUUACGUGAUAUAUUUGAACUCGGCUUCAUCAAAACUCCAGUUUUCGUUUUUUAAACUAUAAAGCAGUAUAAGAAUGAUUUAUUGUUAUAUUAUUAUUAUAAUUAGUAGGUAUUCGAAUAAUAAGUCCGUGAGAUUGAUUAUAAUAAAUUCGUUAACAUAAUUCAGAAUUUACACGAAGAGGGCGGCUGCAAUAUUUAUUAUCAUUUUUUUAUGAGUGUGGUUUAAUGGUUUUCUAGUAUGUUUUUUAUAUUUAUUUAUUUUGGACAAAAAUACUUACCUACAUGUGUUUUGUCAUGGUUUUCGUGAGUUUUGAAACCUGUGCUGCCAUAAUGAAAAUUCAAGAUGGCGGCUGCAAAAAACUAUCAAAUUUUUCGACACGCGUAUUGUUUUCGAGGGUGCUGAAAUAGAUAGUGCUGUCAAAAUGUUCAUCCAAGAUGGCGGCCGCAUGAAUUUGACAAUUUUUUCGUCAUGGGUGUCGUUUUCAUAGUUUUUGAGGAUGUUGAAACUGAUAGUGCUGUCAAAAUGUAAAUCCAAGUUACAUGAAAUUAUCAACUUUUUAUCAUGGGUGUUGUUUCAUGAUUCUCGAGGGUGUUGAAGCCGGAUAAUGCUGGACUUAAAAGAAACGAAGACUAAAAUAAAGUUGUGUGUUCACCGACACUCCCGAAAAUGUAAAAAAUGAUACCCAUAUUGAUUUAAUUGAAAAUGUCACAUCCGCCAUCUUGGAUCUUGAAAUGGGUGUCAUAUUUGUAAUUCCAUUCCCGAAAAUCUCGACGCUCCUGAAAAUCUCGAAAAUGAUACCCAAUUUGAUUUUAUUGUAAAAGUCACAUCCGCCAUCUCGGAUCUCAAAAUAGAUAUCACAAUCGUUAUUGACACUCACAAAAACAAUAAUUACCCCAUCUAAACAUGAUCGUGGGAUGACUGCAGGGAAGAGUUUCUUAAGACUGUGGUAGAAGUGAAACUUCAACGGACAAAGUUUAAAAACACAUAUUUCAAAGCUUCCCGUCAAUAUUUCAAAUUAAAUAUUUCAACGAAUAUUAAAAAAAACAAUAAAAAAAAAUCUAAGAAAAACAUUCAAUAAAAUGUAGUUUAAAAACAUUACAUAUCAGUCAUCAUGUAGACUAUAAUAUUGCAUUAUACACUGUAUGGCUAUCUAUCAUACAUACACUAUACAUAAAAAUGUUACACUUUUUACUUUUUUACGCUCUGCAACGCCCCAUAAGGAACUUCGUUCCUAAACUCCUUUUUUAAAGUCGGUUAGAAAAAUAACCUGGCAACCCUUUUACUUCAAUGGAGUGUACGCACAUGUAGGUAAGUAUUUUAUCAACAAGUCUUAGUUUCCGUACUGAUACAUAUGUCUACUGUGUCACGGCUGAUAUUAGAAGAGACGUCAAAUCAAAUUUCUUUGUUUUUCAGAGAUGUUCGACAUUUGCAUGAUAUCAUAUAAUCGUCUUAUUUAGCAAUAAUAAAAUUUUUGCAGAGAAGAAAUUUGUUCUAACAAAGCAAUCUAUUUUUAUGGUAUAUAAUCUGCGGUUCUUAAACGCAUCAUGGAGAUUUAUGAUAUUUGGCUUCAUUUAAUCAUAUUUUGAAUGUUUUUUUGCGGCAACAGAAUCAGUAAGUAGUAACUUGUGCUGCGUGUUUUUUGUAUUUUUUGUACUUAAAGUGAACGAAGUGAAUAAAAUAUUGGAUAAUA